AUGAAGUGGAUGGCGAUGGCCUUGAUCAGCCUCCAGCUCUUGGAGGCAGCAGUGGUCAAAGUCUCCCUGAGGAAAUUAGAGUCCAUCUGUGAGCCCAUGAAGGAGAAGGGCUUACUGGGGAGUCUUGAGGACCCCAAGAAUGACCCUGCCCACAAGUACCACUCUGGCAACCUCGGUGUGGUCUUCAAGCCCCUGGCCUACCUGGAUAGUAUGUACCUUGGGGAAAUCAGCAUUGGGACCCCAUCGCAGAACUUCCUGGUCCUUUUUGAUACUGGUUCCUCCAUCCUGUGGGUGCCCUCCGUCCAGUGCCAGAGCCGGGCCUGUGCCAGUCACCCCCGCUUCAACCCCAACAUGUCCUCGACUUACUCCAGCAAUGGGCAGAUCUUCUCUGCGCAGCAUGGCAGCGGCAGCCUCAGUGGAGUCUACGGCUAUGACACUGUCCAGGUCCAGAGCAUCCAGGUCUCCAACUAGCAGUUCAGCCUGAGUGAGCAUGAGCCGAGUCCCUAGUUCCUCUAGGUCAGGUUUGAUGGCAUCAUGGGCUUGGCCUACCGGGCCCUGGCAGAGGGCAGGAGCAUCACAGCCCUGCAGGGCAGGCUGCAGGCAGGCCUCCUCUCCAGCCAAGUCUUCAGCUUCUACCUGGGCAGGUAAGAAACUGCACAGGGAGCAGUUCUCAUAUUCAGAGGGAUAGACCACAGCCUGCACAAGGGACCAAUCUACUGGGCCCCAGUCACCCAGGAGCACUACUGGCAGAUUGGCAUUGAGGAGUUCCUCAUUGGCGGCUGUGCCACCAGCUGGUGCUCCCAGGGCUGCCAGGCCAUUGUGGACACAGGCACAUCUCUGCUCACUGUACCCCAGCAGAACCUGGGUGCCCUUCUGCAGGCCACAGGGGCCCAGGCGGACCAAUACAGACAGUUUAUCAUGGACUGUAACAACGUCCAGAACCUGCCCACCUUGACCUUCCUCAUCAGUCGUGUCCGUCUCUCCCUGCCAUACCACUCCUUCCUCUUCACAGAAAAUGGCAUUUGUGCCCUGGGUGUCCAGGCCACCUACCUGCCCUCCAGCAGUGGCCAGCCCCUGUGGAUUCUUGGGGUUGUCUUCCUCAGGUCUUACUACUCCAUCUUUGACAUUGGCAACAACAGGGUGGGCUGCGCCACUGCCGCCUAG